GUUUUGGUUUGUUUGUGUGUAGUAAAAAAGUCGCCGGCACCCUUCAAACGCCGAUCAGAACGUAUAGGUGCGUCGCGCGUUCUACACCGUAACCGACGCGACGACAACGAAUUCGUCGUUACCGUCCGUUCGUGUGUACGAUUCCAAUUUUUUUAUGUUCGUUCGUCCGCCGCUCGUUUUAUUUUUUUAGUGUUUCUUCCGUUGCCGCCACAGUCGUUCGUUGGCCCGGUAGUACAAACGGAUGUCGGUCCAUGCGCAUUAUUAAACAUGGCACCGGCGGCGGCCGUUGUACUUUAUCGGCGGCUUUGGCGACAACUGCUGUGCUCGGGAUAUGAGAAAGACUGGCGUAGUGGUUGGUGGCGAAGACGACGGUGAACGGGACGGUGUGCGCGGUAAAUCCCUGCGGCACCGGACACGUCAACGGGACGGGCCGGCGACUCGGCCGGACGAACAAGAGGGGAGGCUGCGCGCGGAAGGACGUCGGACGGAAGGAGAGCGUCUGCCUCCGCCGCCCACGUCCACCAUCACUAGCGGAGCCCUGCAGAGACUACAGCAACAAACCACCGGCACCGGUUGCAGGGACACUGCGGACGAUUGGUUGUUUGGUGAUUGGCUGGACGGCGGUGGACCAUCAACAGGGACGUGGGAUUGGUGUUCCCCUCCACCAAGAUUCCAUUCAACCCUAGGUGCACGAUCCAGUGUACUUCAUAUGGGUUCAAUGGAGCCCGAUUCACCAUUACCUAACAGACUAACUCAUGUUUCUGAUAAACACCCAAGAUGUGUUCUUGCAGAGUUCAGUGUUAUGCGACGUCAUCGAGAGUUAUGUGAUGUCGUAUUGAAUAUUAAUAAUCGUAAAAUAUUUGCUCAUCGAAAUAUAUUAUCUGCUUGUAGUCCAUAUUUUCGUGCCAUGUUUAAUGGAGACUUGGCUGAGUCUCGGCAAACUGAAGUUACAAUACGUGAUAUAGAUGAAAUAGCUAUGGAAUUGUUGAUUGAAUUUUGUUAUACUGCUCGAAUCACUGUUGAAGAAUCUAAUGUUCAAACACUUUUACCUGCUGCUUGUUUAUUACAGCUAACUGAAAUUCAAGACAUCUGUUGUGAAUUUUUAAGAAGGCAAUUAGAUCCUUCAAACUGUCUUGGUAUUAGAGCUUUUGCUGAUACACAUUCUUGUCUUGAUUUAUUGCGUGUUGCUGAUAAGUAUACUCAACAUAACUUUCAAGAAGUAAUGGAGAGUGAAGAAUUUCUUUUAUUACCUGUUUCACAGUUAAUUGAUUUAAUCGCUAGUGAUGAAUUAAACGUUAGAACAGAAGAACAAGUUUUUAAUGCUGCAAUGUCCUGGGUUAAGUAUAACAUAUCUGAAAGACGUUCAAAUCUCCCUCAAGUUCUCCAGCAUGUUAGGUUACCUCUUUUAAGCCCAAAAUUUUUGGUGGGUACAGUUGGAGCUGAUUUAUUAGUUCGUAGUGAUGAAACAUGUAGAGAUCUUGUUGAUGAAGCUAAAAACUAUUUGUUACUACCUCAGGAACGACCUCUAAUGCAAGGGCCUAGAACUAGACCACGUAAACCAACACAACGAGGUCAGUUGUUAUUUGCUGUUGGCGGAUGGUGUAGUGGUGAUGCUAUUGCUUCUGUUGAACGUUACGAUCCUCAAACAGAGGAUUGGAAGCUUCAAGCUCAAAUGAGUAAAAGAAGGUGUGGUGUAGGAGUAGCAGUUCUUAAUGAUUUGUUGUAUGCUGUUGGUGGACAUGAUGGUCAAUCUUAUCUUAAUAGUAUUGAGCGUUAUGAUCCACAAACUAACCAAUGGUCUUGUGACGUUGCACCUACAACUUCUUGCCGUACAAGUGUUGGUGUUGCUGUAUUAGAUGGAUUGUUGUACGCUGUUGGUGGCCAAGAUGGAGUACAAUGUUUAAGUCAUGUUGAACGUUAUGACCCUAAAGAAAAUAAGUGGAGUAAAGUAGCUCCUAUGACUACUAGAAGAUUAGGUGUUGCAGUUGCAGUAUUAGGAGGUUAUUUGUAUGCUAUUGGGGGAUCAGAUGGUCAAUCUCCUCUAAGUUCUGUUGAAAGAUAUGAUCCAAGACAAAAUAAAUGGACUAUAAUGGCUCCAAUGUCAACUAGAAGAAAGCAUUUAGGAUGUGCAGUUUAUAAAGAUAUGAUAUAUGCAGUUGGAGGACGAGAUGAUUGUAUGGAGUUAAGCAGUGCAGAAAGAUAUAACCCUCAUACAAACUCAUGGUCACCAAUUGUGGCUAUGACUUCAAGACGAAGUGGAGUUGGAUUGGCAGUAGUUAACGGUCAACUUUAUGCUGUUGGUGGAUUUGAUGGAUCUGCAUACUUGAAAACUAUAGAGGUAUAUGACCAGAGCCAAAAUCAGUGGAGACAAUGUGGUACUAUGAAUUAUAGAAGGCUUGGAGGAGGAGUUGGUGUCAUGAGAGCUCCUCAAACUGAUAACAAUUUCUAGAUAUUUAAAGCUUACAAUACUAUUUACUGAUUUAUAUGUUUUCAUAUUCAAUUAUAUUAUGUGAUUAAAAAUCUCUUUAAUUAUAUUUACCUAUUUCACAAGUAUUAUAAUUAUUAUUUUGUAUAAUUUUGUAGUCCUAUAUCUUUAUAGCAUGUAUUAUUAAAUUCUUUGAUUGUAAAUAUUUAGCUUAAAAAUUGUGUGUUAAAAAUAAAUAUUAUAUGUGGUUAUAAA